AUGGAGCCAAUGACUUCCCUAUAAGCCAUUGCUGGGCAGAUGGGGGAAAAUGGUAAAAAGGCGGAAAGACGAGGGUAUUCACCGCCUACCGUGUUCACUCUGGCCAAGAACCAGAUGUUUACUCCACAGCAAAAGAGCUGAUCGGGCUGAUCUUUCACCAUCAUCAUCUGGUCGUGGGCCUUCACCCACAACGACCUCCACGAGCAACUUGACACAAAGCAGUAUCGCACGAAGAUAUCCAUAAAGAUGACUCGAUCUCUCAAGGCGAAAGAUCGCAACAAGAAACAGAAGGAAGCGGGUGAUGGAUUGCCUGGUAUGGUGACCUCCACAGAAAAUAUAGAGUUUUAUUGCUAACGUCCGCGAGACCACUACAAGAACCACCUCACAAUGCAGCAGGAAGCACGGAAUACAGAGGGACGUGGAAUUUGGAGGACGGGUGUCUCCCUUCGCCACCGGACGGUCCAGUUUGUGUGCGCGCAGGAUUCGCGUCUUGAUCAAGAAAUAGAACCUCCAUCGCCAAAUGUGACUGAAGAUAUAUGUACCGAAAAGGCCGCAAAGGAAAAGCCUUGUCAUCCUACCGACAUAUCAUUGCCAGGAUAUCAGGGAGAAUUUAAUGACUUGGUUGCCAAAGCUGCACGCGUGGUAAACCCGGACUCGGUCACCAGCUCCUUGCAGACUUCGACAGACUCCAGCGAAGAUGAAAUCGUUUUUCGUGGGCGAAGGAAAGAUCAAGACUGGAAAUUACUUUCCACCAGUUCCCGGGUGCAGCAGUCCAUUAUUGGCAAUAAUAGUACACCAUUCGGAGGCAUCCAGAGAGGAGACCUGCAAUCGCCCCCUGCCAAGCCCGGGAACGAGUUCUUUUCUAUCUCCGAUGAUGCCUUUGAUCCAACACCAGACAGAGAAGAUGUCACAUAUUUUCCACUCAAUCUAAAGAAACAGAAAAAAGAAGGCAGGAGGACGAUGGACGAGAACGAUGCCCUUGCUGAUUACAUAGCGAACAUUGAUGAAGAAUACCUGAUGCCAAAUAGUCAUUCACAUUCAGUUGAAACUCUUGGCCACGAUAUUCAAGCUAGCGAUCCGGCGAUGCCUAUCGCAAGCCUCAACUCGAUGAGUUCUGCGUCCAUGAAAUUGUUGAUUUCGCAUGACGAUCAAUCGCCCCCACAAAGGAAUGAUAGAUCCACGAUACAAGAGGGUCACGGGAACCGCAACGUGGGCGUCUCAGGAUGUAAGUGAAUAAACUACAACUAUUGGCACUACCUGUCGUGUAGCCGCUUACUUGUUUAGGCCAAGAAGAUAGGGAACAUACAGAGAUGGAAAGCUUUCUGCAUACGCAACACCCGCAGUCAGAUGCCGAUAGCAAUGCUUCAUCAGGCAUUUCUGAUACACAUGAUUUAGAGAGCGAUGAAUCAGAUGUGAGCCUCUCUCCCCUGCCCCCCGUAUCCGUCUAACCACGGAAUACCCAUGUUACACAAAAUGUCGUGUAAAGAGGCCAUUUGAUUGAUUCC